AUGGCUCUGUGCUCUCUCUCUCUCUAUCUUUCUCUUNAUCUCCCGGCUGCUGCCAUUCAUGCAUCUUCAGAUUUUCUCAUUAUUGUGGACAUAAAUGCUCCAGCAGCACACAUAGCGCAGCACAAAUGGCAGCCAAAUACACCCGACGGCCAGGGUAUGCCUUUCCUUUUUCAACAUGGAAAGGCUAGUGCAGGCUCUACUGGUGGAACAUUCAUGCGUAUGUUCAAAGGGCCGACUGGCUCUGGGUCAGAGGAUUGGCAUUUUCCCCAAGCACUUGCAUUUCCAACCUCUGGAAUCAGAAGCUCAGAUGUGGUUUCCAUCACAUGUGACAAGGAAAUUAUUACUGAAAUUGAUUUCAAACGCUUUUCAUGCUUUGGCCCACUGGAUCAAUAUGAUCUAUUUUUCUUUCUUGCCGCUCAGCCAAAUACACCCGACGGCCAGGGUAUGCCUUUCCUUUUUCAACAUGGAAAGGCUAGUGCAGGCUCUACUGGUGGAACAUUCAUGCGUAUGUUCAAAGGGCCGACUGGCUCUGGGUCAGAGGAUUGGCAUUUUCCCCAAGCACUUGCAUUUCCAACCUCUGGAAUCAGAAGCUCAGAUGUGGUUUCCAUCACAUGUGACAAGGAAAUUAUUACUGGUGGCCACGUGGAUAACAGUGUCAGGCUGAUAUCAGCAGAUGGAGCAAAAACCUUGGAAAUAGCGAGAGGACAUUGUGCUCCAGUCACAUGCCUGGGUCAGUCUACAGAUGGCAACUACCUUGUGACAGGAUCCCGAGAUGCAACAGUUCUACUCUGGAGGAUACAUCGGACAUCAACUUCCCGCUCUAGCAGCAUGUCAGAGCUUUCCACAGACCCAGGCACGCCAACUUCUAGUGGAAGCAAUGCUCUAGCUAACAAUUUGGCAGACAAGAGCAGGAGGCGCCGUAUUGAAGGUCCCAUACAUUUCCUCCGGGGCCAUCAUGGAGAAAUAAUUAGCUGUUGUGUCAGUUCAGAUCUUGGAAUUGUUGUCUCAUGCUCCCACUCAUCAGAUGUUUUGCUGCAUUCAAUCAGAAGGGGACGCUUGAUCAGAAGGUUGGUUGGUGUGGAGGCUCAUGCAGUCUGCCUUUCAUCUUAUGGGAUUGUAAUGGCUUGGAACAAAUCACUACAUACUCUCAGCACUUUUACUCUUAAUGGGACGCUGGUUGCCAGGGCACAAUUCCCGUUCUCCUCUAGCAUUAAUUGCAUGGAGGUUUCUGCUGAUGGACAGAAAGCUUUAAUUGGAUUGAACUCAUGUCUAGAAAGUGAUGGAGCCUUUGAUAACAGCAGGCAUUUAAAGUCUAAAAUGCCAGGCACUGAGGAUCUUUCUGAUGAAGAAAACAGACUGGAUAUUCCAUCGCCUUCAAUUUGCCUCCUUGAGUUGCCCUCUCUAAAGGUAUACAAAAAUGAAAUGUGCAUCAAACUAGAGUUUCAUGUCUAUGAGCUUCAUUUUUAUGAAGUAGUUAGGAGUGACAAUUACUGA